AAGAGAGGGGAGGGAAGGAAGGAAGGAGGGGGGCAGAGCCCGGAGUCUCCGGGUCGCAGCCUCCGCUCCUCCUUCCCUCCGCUCAUCGCCGGGCGGAGGCGGUGCCGGUGCCCCGGGGGGGAGCGGAGCGGAGCCGCGGCGGGGCCGGGAGUUUCGCCAGGCUGCCGGAGUCCCCUGGUGGGGUGGCGGCGCGGUGCAUGCCGGGCCCGAGGCGGACUGUCCCUUGGCUGAGCGAGGAGCUGGGAGCCGCGCCUGCCGCCAUGUUCCGCCGGGCCGCGGCCGCCGCCCGGGGCCUUUAGCCGCCCCUUCCCCGCCCCGCCGCCCCGCUCCCCUCUUCCCCCGCCGGCGGAGGGAGGCGGACGAAGGCGCCGCCUCGCCCAGCAGCUGCCGGCGGAGCCCGGCGGUGCCCCAGCGAUGUCCGCCAAGGAAGGGAGCAAGGUGCUGCUGCUGUCGACCCACGCCACCAGCGAGCGCGCCGUCAAGGCUGUCCCUUUCCCACCAACACAUCGCUUGACCUCUGCAGAAGUGUUUGACACAGAUGGAAGACCAAGGGUUGACAUUUUGAAGAACCACUUGAUAAAAGAAGGUCGAGUGGAUGAAGAAAUUGCUCUUAGAAUCAUCAAUGAGGGGGCUGCAAUCUUACGGAGGGAAAAAACGAUGAUAGAGGUUGAAGCCCCAAUUACAGUGUGUGGUGAUAUUCAUGGCCAGUUCUUUGAUCUAAUGAAGCUGUUUGAAGUGGGAGGAUCACCUGCUAACACAAGAUACCUCUUCCUUGGUGACUAUGUAGACAGAGGUUAUUUUAGUAUAGAGUGUGUGCUGUACUUGUGGGUCCUGAAAAUUCUCUACCCAAGCACGUUAUUUCUUUUGAGAGGAAACCAUGAAUGCAGGCACCUAACAGAGUAUUUUACCUUUAAGCAAGAAUGUAAAAUAAAGUACUCAGAAAGAGUCUACGAUGCUUGUAUGGAUGCUUUUGACUGUCUCCCUCUUGCUGCCCUUUUAAAUCAACAGUUUCUUUGUGUUCAUGGUGGACUUUCACCAGAAAUUAAUACACUAGAUGACAUUAGGAGAUUAGAUAGAUUCAAAGAGCCUCCAGCAUUUGGACCAAUGUGUGACUUGUUGUGGUCAGAUCCUUCAGAAGAUUUUGGAAAUGAGAAUUCCCAAGAGCAUUUCAGCCACAACACAGUCAGAGGAUGCUCCUACUUUUAUAGCUAUCCAGCAGUUUGUGAAUUUUUGCAAAAUAAUAAUUUGUUGUCAAUCAUUAGAGCACACGAAGCACAAGAUGCAGGUUACAGAAUGUACAGGAAAAGUCAAACUACAGGGUUCCCAUCAUUAAUAACAAUUUUUUCAGCACCUAAUUACCUGGAUGUCUACAAUAAUAAAGCUGCUGUACUGAAGUAUGAGAACAAUGUGAUGAAUAUCCGUCAGUUCAACUGCUCUCCUCAUCCUUACUGGCUACCAAACUUUAUGGAUGUUUUCACAUGGUCUUUGCCAUUUGUUGGAGAAAAAGUCACAGAAAUGUUGGUGAAUGUUUUGAGCAUUUGUUCUGAUGAUGAGCUGAUGACAGAGGGAGAAGAUCAAUUUGACGUAGGUACAGCUGCUGCACGGAAAGAAAUUAUCAGGAACAAAAUUCGUGCAAUUGGCAAGAUGGCAAGAGUCUUCUCUGUCCUCAGGGAGGAGAGUGAAAGCGUGCUGACACUCAAGGGUUUGACUCCCACUGGAAUGUUACCUAGUGGAGUGUUGGCUGGAGGACGCCAGACCCUGCAAAGUGCAAUACGAGGAUUCUCUCCGCAACAUAAAAUCUGCAGUUUUGAAGAAGCAAAAGGUUUGGAUAGGAUCAAUGAGAGAAUGCCACCACGAAAAGAUGCUCUGCAGCAAGAUGGCACUAACACAAUAAACACAACAAAUGCCAAUGGAAACAAUGGGACUGGCAACAACAAUGCACAGUGACCACCCCCAGCUUCUGGUUUACUCACUCAUGUCUUGCCUGAGAAUUCCUUAGAUUUCUGCUUCUGGAUGUGACAAGAGAUGGAAUAACUGCCAGGGGGAUGGCUUGGAGUGUGACUGCUUAAAACAGGAGGUGGAAAAGCAUCCCAGGUGAUCCCACUGGAGAAGAGAGCACGUCCUGCUUUGGAGACAGCAGCCCCUGUCCUUGGGUGGUGACCUCCUGGAGCCUGCCUCACCUCCUGCCAGGGAGAGAGCUGGGCUGGUAUCACUAAAGCACACCUAGAUAGCAUCUUAAGCUUUCCCUUCUCAACACUUCUUAAGUUUACAAAUGGGAUUUUAUUUUUUUUUUUCUUUUCAGUAGAGGCAGUUUGUUGGUUUGGUUUGGUUUUUUUUUUUUAAAAAAAAAAAAAUCAGACUUUUCAACUGCAACCCUAAGAGCUAACUAUUUAUUAAUGGACAGUGGUUUCAUGAGAGGUCUUUAGAACCAUAGAAUGGUCUUAAAAUAGCUGAGGCUGCAGGAACUGUAUCUUAAAUAGAUGGGGGGGAAAAAAAUGCCAAAAAAAAAGAAAAAAAAAAAAAAAAAGAAAAAAAAAUAAUUCAGUUGGUCAUUCUGUAAAAUGCUGACCUCAGGUUUACUCCUUAGAUGUUGCUAAUUCUAUAUUCACUGUAUUUUUUAGUUACAGCUUAUCAGAAGAUUUCUAUGUAGGAAUGUUUAUUACUUGAACACAGAUUUAAAAAAAAAAUAAAUAUUUAAUUUAGAAACUUUUUUGCCCAGCUUUUUCAACUCUCCCCCACCUUGAAUUUAAAAAAGAAAAAAAAAGGAAAAAAAAAAAAGUUAUUAUAUAUACUAAUUUUAAAAGUAAGAAAAAUAUGGACGUGUUAAUUUUAAGGUACUUUUAAUUGAACUUUGUACAUUGUUUAAGUAAAUUUUGAUUCAUAUCAAGUCUGUAAAGCUUGGCUUUGUAUUUUGUGUAUGCAUGUUUUCAUUUUGCAAAUAUUUAAUAUAUAGACCUAUGCUGUACGUCUAUAGGUUACCUAGGUGUUAUGGGUACUUUUAGUUUCUUGUGAGUAUUAUGGUUGCAUAAAUAGCUGAUAAUCACUGGGCUGAGCAGCUGCAAGCUUUUGAGUAUUUUAAAUCUGUAAAGGAAACUGAAACUGUAUGGAAACCCUUUGUGUUCAGGCACAGCAGCGUGUAAGCACGUGCUCUGCUCAGCUGCUGAGGCAUUAGUGGACGUGUAAACAGGAGACUGCAUGUAUUCUGGUAUCUACAGGACUGCUUGGUUCCAAUAAAAACUGAAGCCCUGUGCUGAUUUGUUCACGAAUAAUGGACUGUACUGAUUGCCACUGUACUUUGUUAUAUAUAUAUUUUGACUUUUGCUACGUGUCCUUCUCAUCCCCUGGAACACAACUUGAAACUUUGGUCACUAGAGUUCAUCUCCUUUUUUUUUUCUCCUUUUUUUACUAUUUCUUUUUAUUAUUUUUAUUUUUAUUUCUUUUCCCUUAAAGUACGAUCUGUACAUACCCCUAAGUUGGAAGUUUUAUGCAUGUUCUGAACUAUUAAAGUAUUUUAUAAACAGUAGCACACAAUAAAUUUUGUGCAUGGGCUGCGGCUCCUA